CUUACUAAGUUUAUAUACUUUAUUUUUUAUAAAGAAUUUAGUACGAUAAAAAACCUAGUAUACGUAUUUACUAAAGCUAUAUUUUUAAACUACGGUUUACUAAAAAAAAUUAUUUUUAAUAAAAAUAAGCUAUUUAUUUUGAAAUUUUAA